AUGAAGUCAACCGAGCCAAGCACGGGGAUUGUCGUGGGCGUCAUGGAUUCAUUUGCUAAUGAAGCCGUACAUCUGAUCGGCUUUCUUCGGAAUGUCCACAGGUACCAGCUACCAAUAGCUAUUGCCUACGUUGGAGAUGCGGAUCUCAAGCCACAGACUCGGGAGUUCUUAAUGAAACAGGGUAAUGAUAUCAUUUUUAUCGACCUUGCGAAUAUCUUCGAUCAGCAUCUCGUUCACCUGGAAGGAUACGCGAUCAAACCGUUUGCGCUGCUAGCUAGUCCCUAUCCACGAACGAUUCUAAUGGACGCCGACGCUGUCUUCUUCUCAAACCCGGAUAAAUUGUUCGAUGAGUACCCGAGUCUACGGGAUACAGGAGCACUGUUCUUCCACGAUAGAAAUAUCAAUUCGGAACCCGACCGACAUGACUGGCUCGGACGCCAGCUGAAGCAGCCGGCCGAUACCCUUCCGCCUGCUUGA